AUGGUUGGCGGCAAGAAGCAAUUACCUAUUCGCGGCAUCGGUGAUAUCAUCCUUGAGGUGGUCGACUCCGAGGGUACCACUCGCCAGCUUGAGUUCUGCGAUGUGCUUUUCGUGCCGGACAUGAAGUUCAAUCUUCUGUCUUUCGCUCAGGUACUGAAAAUGGGCAUUCAGCUCGUCUUCAGCCGCACGAGAUGUACGUUCUUCGUGAGCAAGGAUUACAAACUUCAAGUUGAGCUCGCGGCCGACAUGGACUUGUUCCAACUCAGGGCCAAAACGCCACCCAAGAAGCCUCCAAACGCGCUCAUGGUCUCGGAUUCUGCGGACGACAACCCCGUCAACGCCUUAGUGACUUAG